CACACGCUGUCUCAUGGGCAGAAGGCGGUAUAAAUAGAGGAGCAAGUCCUGCUUAUCCCAGCUGAAUCGCUCCAGCCGAAGACAGUCACACGGCCAUCCGCGGUGUUCCCGGCAGCAACCUCCAAAAGCAUGGCUCCUAAAAUGUCUGGCGUUAUCCCAAAAGAAUAUUCGGAGGAAAAAGCCACACGGAAGGAAAAAUACAAAUUAAUGAAACCAAUUAUCGAGAAGAAGCGCCGAGAUCGUAUAAACAGCAGCAUCGCUCACCUCAAGGCUUUACUGGGGGAAGAGUUUCAGAAUGGAGAGCCCAAUAUGAAAAUGGAGAAAGCUGACAUCCUGGAGAUGACCGUGAAUUAUCUGAAACUUCAUAGUCAACGAAUGUUUACAGUGACCUACAACAAGAGCCUAACUCAGAAUUUCAAGGAAGGAUACUCACGCUGUCUGCAGGAGAUACAGCGUUUUACGUUCGCCCCAGAAAGCAAAACUGAUGUUCAGAAUAAACUCGUGAAGCAUUUACACAAAGCUUAUGACAUUCCCAUCAGCUCGAGUUACACUGCUUCUCUUAUGCAACCCCCUACAUAUCAAGCGGGCGCCAAAAAGGAAGUUAAACCCAAUGUUACCACGCUCUGGAGACCCUGGUAAUUACUCCAACUUAGCCAGACCGAAGGAAGAGAAGGCUAUAGUGUAUCAAGCGCCAGGGAUGUACUCUGGGAUAAGCAGUAUUCUACUAUGGAAGAAAUAACAUCAACCACUCUUCGUUGAAGGAGAUGGACACUCUUUUAAUAUAUGGAUUAUUUAAUUUUAAAUUAUGUACAUAUUCUGCUAUAUUUGUAGAUGACGAAAACCAUACCUGAGCUGACAGCUGACUGGGUGGUUGUGCUGCCUAUUGUUAUAUGCAGAGCUACCUAAGUUAUUCUUUUAUAAAGGAAUGUCAGUGGUGUGUUGUUGGUAGUCUUCUUGUUGAGGAAUGUUUGCAUCGUUUUAAAGGAUGUUCGUUUUUUUGUACGUAUGUUUACAUAUUAUGUACACGAGUGUAUCAAUGAGUUGCAUUAUAGCGAGCUUUUCAAAAUUCAGAGAUAAAUCAAUUGGAUUUUUCUUGUAAAAUACUCCUGAAAUGGUGGGAAUUCUAUUCUGCUGGAUUUCAUUUUAUGUUUCCCACAUUUUAAAGUCGACAUGAGUUAUGCAUUUCCAAUACCUCCUGGAAAACAUUCAAAUUAUUCUUCCCUAACUCAUGUAUAAAUGUCUGCAUUGUAGCAAUGUGAAAUGUGAAGCAGUCCUUAUUCUCAGUUCUAUAUUUAAUUGUAUACCGCAUUGUAACAAUGCUGAUCUAAAUAUAUUUUCAUAUUCAUAGUUCUGUUUGUAAAUAAGCCUUUGUGUAUCUAAAAUGAAUUACUUGUUUAAAUGAUUCAUUUUAUUUUAACAAUGUUAAUUUUGAAUAAACAAUUGUAUGCACAA